ACCCUAAUAAAAGCACACUCGAAGUAAUCCUCAAUUUUCAGCUCCCAGAACAGAAUCACACUCACAAACACCACUCUACUACGCAGAAACUGUGCUCCGGAUCCCCUCGUCCCAGCAUGGACGAGUCUCCGGCGGAAACAGUCGUGGACCCGAAGCUCUCAGUUGACGAUUCUCCAUCGUUGAAAUCGAACGGCUCACAACGUACCCCGGAAGAACUCGUGGCCAAAGCUAUAGCUCCCGUGAAAAAGGAGUUCCUUCGUUCUCCGCCGCCCAGACCUUCCUCCUCUACAAAUCAUCAAAACCACGUUGUUUCGGAAACCAAGGUUGUUGCCGUCAAGGAUAAGAAGUCGAAGCGCCAGCUCAAACGUGAACGCCGUCAGGAACAAAAAUCUGCGCGAAGUAUCUGUCCUCUGAUAGCAAAGACUGGAGAUGUUAGUUCGUGUCCAUAUAAUGAUAAGUGUCGCUUCAGCCACGACUUACAAGGCUUUAAGGAUCAGAAACCGGCUGAUCUAGAGGGAGAAUGUCCUUUCAUGAAUGCAGAAGGGCCGUGCCCCUAUGGUUUGGCGUGUAGAUUUUUUGGUACACAUAAGGAUGGUGUUCCUACUGAAACUUCAGAUGCUCGGAAGAAAUGCGCUGAGAUCAAUGGAUUAAAAAAAGAUGUUCAAAAACUCUUGUGGAAAAAUAAAAUGAGCUUCCCUAAGGCAGAUGCUAAACUCAAAGCUCUUGGGCUCCUGGGGAAGGCAAAGUCAAAAAUGAAAAUUCUAGAAGUUGAGAAGGAUGAUGGAACUGUUCCAAGUACUUGUCAUGAGACCGAUGAAAAUGGCUGUAGUGAAGUUAACAAUGAGUCAGAUGCAAAAUUAGAUUCUGUUGAUGUGCCCGAAGAGGAUGGUGUGGAUGGAACAUUAGAAACUGAUGAACAGCCCCCGAAGAAACAAAAAUCUGUAGUUUAUGAAAACUUCAGCUCCGCUGAAGCCAAAAAUGGAGAUGUGAUUUUCACAGAGAAAAAUGUUGGUAUAAGCUGUACACAAACUAAACCAGAAGAUUGCACUGAUAUUAUACCACCAGAAGCUGAUAGGAGCCUGAAAUUACACCCACGUGAAAAGAAGCUUAUUGAUUUUAGAGACAAGUUAUAUCUUGCACCUCUGACCACUGUUGGGAAUCUGCCUUUCCGAAGGGUUUGUAAAGUGUUAGGGGCGGAUGUAACGUGCGGUGAAAUGGCAAUGUGUACAAAUCUCUUGCAGGGUCAAGCUUCAGAAUGGGCACUGUUGAGGAGACAUUCUUCUGAAGACUUAUUUGGCGUUCAGAUAUGUGGGGCAUAUCCAGACACUGUGGCACGCGCCAUUGAACUUAUUGAUCAGGAAUGUACAGUAGACUUUAUUGAUAUAAACAUGGGGUGCCCAAUUGAUAUUGUAGUGGACAAGGGUGCUGGAUCAGCUCUUCUUACAAAGCCCAUGCGGAUAAAAAACAUUAUUGACGCAGCUUCUGGCACAGUGGACAAACCUAUAACUGUCAAGGUAAGAACUGGUUUUUUUGAAGGGAAAAACCGCAUUGACACGCUAAUUACGGACAUUGGCUACUGGGGAACUAGUGCAGUAACCAUACAUGGUCGAUCACGACAGCAACGGUAUAGCAAGCUUGCUAACUGGGACUACAUAUAUCAGUGUGCUAGAAAGGCUCCUGAUGAUUUGCAAGUCCUGGGAAACGGGGAUGUUUUCUCGUACUUAGACUGGAACAUGCAUAAGACUGAGUGUCCUGUGCUUGCUACAUGCAUGAUUGCACGUGGAGCACUAAUUAAGCCUUGGAUAUUUACCGAAAUCAAGGAACAAAAGCAUUGGGACAUAAGUUCUGGGGAACGAUUAACUAUUUUGAAAGAUUUUGUACGUUUUGGCCUUGAGCAUUGGGGCUCUGACACGAAAGGAGUGGAGACAACUAGGCGUUUUUUAUUGGAAUGGCUUAGCUAUACGUGCCGGUAUAUACCUGUUGGUCUUUUAGAUGUCGUCCCUCAACAACUGAACUGGCGCCCACCCACCUAUAUGGGACGUGAUGACCUUGAGACACUAAUGGCCUCAGAUUCAGCAGCGGACUGGGUUCGGAUAUCUGAGAUGUUACUCGGCAAGGUUCCAGAUGGCUUCACGUUUGCACCGAAGCAUAAAUCUAAUGCUUAUGACCGAGCAGAAAAUGGCUGAUGCAAUGGGAAAAUUUGUUUGGUAGUUGUAGGCGCACGAAGUCUUCUGUUUGCUUCUCCACUAAACCCACAGGGAGCUUUCUUGGGUGCGUGGCAAUGUUGGGUGCGUGAGCAUUGUACCUUUGUUGUUGAAGUUGGUGCUAUAGUAUAAAGGCGAUUUGUCAACUGACCACCUAAAUUUUGAAGUGUUCAUUGUUCAUGCUACAAUAUUGUACCUUCGUCAGAAGACAGAUAAAACAUGGCAAUUUUCUUGAGGUUGAAAUAUUGUUAUUUAAUUGUACUCUUAUUUGUUUUUUUA